CUAGGAUGAUGUAGCAAAUCCGUUGCUCCGACAAUCGCUUUACCGCUCGGAUGGGAUACUGGAGGGGCGUAGUCGACAGAGGGUUCGACGGUCGCCGAUUAGUGUUACCUCACCAUUGCUAGCGGUCGGUUGUGCAUCUUCCUGCGGACCAUUCGUGCCAUUCAAAUUCAAGCCUAUCAAACGUCGAAGCGCGAUGGCAGCAACCGGCAGCAAUCCGUUUGAUGAAAUCCAUCCCGAUGCGUACCGCGCGUACGUGUUCUGGUCGUGCGUUCUGCUGGUAAAGCUGUUUCUAAUGCCACUGCUGACAGCCAUCAACCGAUUCAGAAAACAGGCAUUCGCCAAUCCGGAGGAUACGGCCGCGAUCAGCAGGAAGCUCAAACCAAAGUUCGAUGAUCCCGAUGUCGAGCGAGUGCGCAGGGCACACCUGAACGAUCUCGAGAACAUCCUACCUUUCUUUGUCAUCGGUUUCCUGUAUCUGCUGACCAAUCCUGCGCCGACUCUUGCUAUCAACAUAUAUCGGCUGGUGGCCGCAUCACGAAUUCUGCAUACCUUGGUUUACGCCGUGGUGCCCGUACCCCAGCCGGCCCGUUUCCUGGCCUUCGUGGGUGCGCUGGCGCCAACACUCUACAUGACGCUGCAAACUUUGCUGCACUUUCUGUGAGGCAGCCCGUUCGGGCACUCCUGUGGAAGGCUGAUGGAAGCGAUGGUCUAGUAAAGCAACGAUCAAUCGUCGCUCUCACUCCUUUCACGCUGUGGUUUAUGGAUAACAAUUAAAAAAUAGAUGAUGGAAUGGGAA